AUGGAUAUCAUUUCAGGACAAGCUCUGUUCCUCCUCUUUUGCUCUAUCUUGUCAUGUUUGCUUAUCUUCACCACUGCAAAAUCACGAUACAGAUCCGGGCUACCUCCUGGACCUCCACGGUUACCGAUCAUCGGAAAUAUUCACCAAGUCGGCAAAAACCCGCAUCAGUCAUUCGCCGACCUCUCGAAAACAUAUGGGCCAGUCAUGAGUCUUAAACUUGGGUGUUUAAACUCAGUGGUCAUAGCUUCACCAGAAGCUGCAAGAGAGGUUUUAAGAACACACGACCAAAUUUUGUCCGUCCGUAAGUUCAAUAGCUCGAUACGAUCCAUCAAUCACCACAAGUAUUCCGUCUCCUGGCUUCCUCCGUCAUCGGAUCGUUGGAGACUGUUGAGAAAAUUGUCGGUGACUCACCUGUUCUCGGCACAGCGUAUAGAAGCCACUAGAGCUCUGCGAAUGCAGAAGGUGCAAGAGCUUGUGAGCUUCAUGAAUGAAAGCAGCGAGAGAGAAGAAGCUGUUGAUAUUUCUCGUGCAUCUUUCAUCACAGUUCUUAAUAUCAUAUCGAACAUUCUGUUUUCGGUCGAUAUCGUUAGCUAUGAUUCGGUUAAGUCCAGUGUGUUUAAAGACUUGAUGAUUUCAGGCAUGGAAGCUGCUGGGGACCCAGACCUUGCUAACUUCUUCCCGUUUCUAGAGUUUCUUGAUCUGCAAGGUAAUAGGAAGAAGAUGAAAGCUUUUGCAGAGGGGUUGUUUAAGGUUUUCCUAGAGUUUAUCGAUGCUAAAACUGCGGAAAAAUCAUUGCGGAAUAACAUUAAAGAUGUCUCGGGCAGAGAUUUCGUGGAUACGAUUCUCGAUCUCACCUUAGGGGGUGGAUCAGAGCUCGACAUAAACGAUAUUAAACACCUUCUCUUGGAUAUGUUCACGGCAGGCACGGAUACUAGCUCUAGUACCGCGGAAUGGGCAAUGGCAGAGUUACUUCGAAACCCUAAAACAAUGGCAAAAGCUCAGGCCGAGAUCGAUCGUGUGGUAGGCCAAAACGGCGUCGUUCAAGAGUCUGACAUAUCAGGAAUGCCGUAUUUACAAGCGGUUGUGAAAGAAACUUUCCGUUUGCAUCCAGCUGCUCCGCUUCUCAUCCCGCGAAAAGCGGAGACCGAUGUAGAGAUUCUUGGAUUCCUUGUGCGUCAAGACACUCAGGUUUUGGUGAACGUUUGGGCUAUAGGACGAGACCCGAGUACCUGGGAGAAUCCGUUGCGGUUUGAGCCAGAGAGGUUUUUAGGGAAAGAGAUUGAUGUGAAAGGUAGAGAUUAUGAGCUUAUACCGUUUGGAGCCGGACGCAGAGUAUGCCCGGGAAUGCCUUUGGCUUUGAAGACAAUCUCUCUUAUGCUUGCUUCUCUUCUUUAUUCCUUUGACUGGAAGCUUCCAAAUGGUGUCGUUCCGGAGGACUUGGACAUGGACGAGACCUUUGGUAUUACCUUGCACAAGACUAAUCCGUUGUAUGCCAUUCCUGUCAAGAAAAUGCGCCAUUAA